GGGGGUUCCACUUGUACGAGCAUGGGGCUCCAUUCAACUACAUCAUGGGGGAGAAGACACAGGAGCUGCAUGAACUGUACUUGGAGCUAGGAGAGAAGAAACAGAGAGUGAAGAUGCCCAAUGUAGAUGGCGACGGUGGUCCUCGACAUCACGUACGAGUGGACGCGAGAGGCGAUGAGGCCGAUCAUGGAGACGUGGGAUAUCACCGGGUGCACGCUCAUCAUAGAUGGGUGCACGGAUCGCAAGUUCCGGCCCGUCAUGAACUUCAUUGCUGCUAGCGAGGCCGGAGCAGUGUUAAUGAAGGUUGUCGACAUGUCGAAGAGGAAGAAGACAGCGAUUGCAUUGGCGAAAUUGUGGGAGGGCGUGAUCCGCGAGAUUGGAGUGCACAGAGUGAACGCUUUGUGCACGGACAACGCGGAGGUCAACAAACACGCAGCCAGAUUGUUGAGGCGGCGAACAGAUCGAAGCAUUUCACGGAUUCCGUGGGUUCCCUGUGCUGCACAUUGCCUGAACUUGCUUCUUAAGGGGACCAGCGAAGAGCCAUGGGUGUAUGACCUCUACAAGAGGGGCAAAACGAUUGUGAAGUAUAUCCGGAAUCAUCACAAGACGGCGCAGUUUUUCCUUGACUGCUCGGAGAUGCAAAGGACUAGGACACUCAUCAUGCUCACGGAGGUGCGCUUCGCCUCGGUGUAUAUGAUGUUGGAGAGGCUGUUAGACAGGAAGAAGGUUUUGAAGGCAAUGAUGGUAGGAGGGUGGUUGGACGUGAAGAGGGCUUCGAGAAAGAAGCGCACCACUGCUGACACAGUCUACAUGAGUGUCCGCUCUGAUGACUGGUGGAGGGAGGUGGAGGGAGCAGUGGAUGUGAUGUCCCCAGUCUAUAAUCUCUUGCGAAAGAUGGACAAGAGCGACACUGCCCCAUAUUCACUGUGGGGCUUUGAGGAGGCAUUGAUAAAGAAGAUGGCCACCAUUCCCAACUUGACACCUGUGCGGCGGGAGUCCAUCGCGAAGAAGGUGGGGAGGCGCUGCAAAAUGAUGCGCCAGCCGGUGCAUGCAGCAAACUUCCUCUUCAAUUCGUCGAAGAGGGACCCUCGCUGGAUGAACGACCCCAAGUCCCCGCUUUUGCAAAAUGCCAUGAGCUUUCUGCUGUCACAACGCGAAGACGGGGCAACAUGGGGUUGCAAGGAGCAUCUCGACCUGUGGGAUGACUUGAAGACAUUCCACAAAGAGCCACAGGGCAAUUCGAGCCUGCCCCUUGAGAAGCAGGACAGUUUCUGGACUGAUUUCGCUAAGUUUGACUCCAACCUCGACAAGCGCACGACAUCAGAUUGGUGGGGCUGCCAUGGGAAGAGUCACGAGAAACUGCAGCAUAUUGCUGAUCGUGUGACCGCGAUGUGGAGCACGGCCACACCAUGCGAGUGCAACUGGUCGACGCUGGACCUCAUCCAUGAGAAGAGGAGAAACCAGCUGUCCAGUGACACAAUCAACAAGCUUGUUUAUGUGCACUGGAACUUCAGCUAUCCUGAUAUUCUUCCCGACGACAUGCAGCCAACAGCGAACGAGGUGGGUCGAAGGGAUCGUCUGAGGAAAGCUCCUCAUGGGAGGAUUCCGAAGGUCGGGAGGGUGGACGACUCCAGCGCUAGCGACAGCAGCGAUGAUGGCGAGGAUUUGGUUUGGAGGGGGAAGGGGAAGAAAAGUAAAGAGAAGAAGUCUUUGGCAGGUCCGACUGAUGCGAAGCGUAAAGCGCCGGUGGAAGAAGAAGAGUAUGGAGAGGACGGAGAAGAGGAGGAUCGGGAUGAGGACAUGGAUUUCGGUCUGCGCUCGGAAGUGGAGUCAGAUGACGACUUCAAUGACGACGACGACGAGGGCGCUGACACUGUGACAAUGAGACCGGAAACAGGUCACUUUGAUAGUGACCUCGAGUUCUUGGUGUUUCGGAAUAGAAAUGCGAACUUCCCGCACAUGAUGACGACGAGGCCGAUAGAGUGAUGGCACAAGCACUUGCGAAGAGAGAUCGUGUCAUUGUGAAUCAGCGUAUCGAGGAGGACGCAGCGAGACGUGUAGUUGUUCCCCGAC